AUGGACAGCCAGGAGGUGGGGGAUUUACUGGAGGAAUGCCUCAGAGCUGCAAAAGCAACUCGACCCUCCACACAGUCCACAGAGGCAGAGAGGCUGAACUACUGCAGCUGCCGAGACUCACUGUGUGCAGAGCUGGCCUCUCUCCUGCAGGAGGCCAUGGAUAUGAAAUGGCCCUUCGUGCCUGAGAAAUGGCAGUACAAGCAGUCAAUCAGUGCCAAUGACAAGACCAACCUUAGUGACCUCAUCAGCAAGCACCUACCUCAGCUUCUGGCUCUUCUGAAGGCAUCCAUCAUGGCUCAGGAGGCACGUUGGGCACUGGCGGUGGUCUUCUUAGUGGACCGAUUCUUCUACUGGACAGACGAGUCCAGUCGUCUGCUGAAGAUCACCAAGCUGCUCCACAGACAGCACCCUGACAUCCCUGUGGCCCCUCAGCUGGUUAUACGACAGGCCAGGGUCUACCUUAACUCUGGCAAACUGCAGAAGGCAGAAUACAUACUGAGCAGUCUUAUUAACAAUAGGGGGGCUACAGGUAGUUGGGUGUACCACUCUGAAACUGACAGGGCUCUUGUGCAGGCUGUUAGUGUUCAAGUGCGCGGAAUGAUUUUGCAAAAGCUAGGCCUGUGGCUGGAGGCUGCAGAACUAAUCUGGGCUUCUCUGGUUGGUUUCUAUGCACUACCUAAACCUGAUAAAAAGGGCAUUGGAACUUCCCUUGGUAUACUGGCCACCAUAUUGGUGUCUAUGAAUGAUGAAGACUUCAAUGCUUUCAAGACUAAUGCAGAUACAGAUUUGUCUUUACUUGGGGACAGGAGUCAUCGUCUUCUUUCAGCAGCCGAGGCAGCUAAAAUGGCAAUGGUGUACAGCCAGUACACUUCACUCUAUGUGUUGACCCAUGUGGCAACUCAAGGGACCUGCUUUUUAUCAUACAGUUUCUCCUUGGAAUGCCCUUCCACUAGAAGGCAGUCAUUCCUCCUGCAGGCCAGAGAUGCAUUUGCAAUCGGCCUACUCACCAAAGCAGAGGACGAGCUGAUCACCAGCAAGCAGGAGCUUCACACCUUCCUCAAGGCUGCAUAUUCCCUCGCUGUCACUCACAAAUGGCUUGGCACUCCUUCAGAGGUUGUGGUAGAAGCAACACAAACUUGCCAAAAAGCUUUAGCGCUUUUUUACGAUUACUGCCAUCCAGAUACCCAAGACAAAGAUAGUCUUUGUGCUAAAAUCCUGCAUCUGAUUACUCAAGUCAAGCUUCUGUUGCGAGUGGAGCCAUUCCUUAAUACAGACAAAGGAUCUUUUAUCCCUGACAGCUACAGAAACAUCAAAGACAGAUUGGUUAAUUUCACUUUAGAAGAUUUCUCAAAGGUGAUGCAGAGAUUUCAGAAGUAUCAUGCAUCACUGUGUGAGACCACCAACAGAACCUGUAAGGGGGCUAAAGAGGAAAUAGAUGGAGGAAGGCUAUGUAUAACUGCACUGGGAACGACCAUUGGUACACUCAACACAGACUGCAGCACUGAAGCCUGCAAAGUUUCAAAGGAUGCAACCAAAGGAGAGGAGCCACAACAGAGAGUUUCAAAUUCAACUGCCUUGCAUCCACCGCAGAAGUUUGACCUGUGUAGCACACUAGGAAGCACAGAUAACCUUGGUUCUUCAUGGCAGAACUUCUCCUCGAGUAGUUCUGGAUCUCCUCGGCCCAGCAGCAAUGGCUAUACGGGGAGCAGUGCCAUUGGACGUGUAGGGAAUGCGAGCAAUCUGAGCUGUCCGACCACUGAGGUGGAUGAAGAUAGGUCAGACGGCCUGCUAGAAUUUACUGAUGGAAACCAGAAACGAGAUUUACAAGGUUGUAACUCUGGUGCCAUUUCCCAUACAGUCCCAAGAAUUGCAACACCUGCAACUUCCUCCUCUAAUGCAAGCAGUGAUUUAGAAAAGUUUGAAGUGAUACAAGCUGCAAUAGAGACAGUGAGUAGUGAGGAUGAUUGGAUGAGUGUUGGUGUGGUACUGAAACCAUCAGUAGCAGAAGGAGCAGCACAAUCUUUAUCCAAACUUACACUCAGAACAUCCUCCAGCUCUCUCAGUAACAGUUUUAGUUCACAGUCAUCGUGGGAGAAACUCUCAGAUGACUUAAACUCCCCCACAAACAGAAAACCUCAGGCAAGAAAAGCAGGAACUGGUCAAAGGAGCAAGUCAACAGAGUCUGAUGGGAGCUUCUUUCUUUUGGAAACAGUCGAUUCUGCAACCAGUGAUUCAGUUCAUAAUCCCACGCAUACAAACCACUCGUCCAAGCCUCAACCUUUAGGGAGCCUUAACGUGAACGCUCAGAAUGACUCUGUUCCUGAAAAACCUUCCACCAACAACUCUUUAGCAACCCCGCACCCAAACAUUGCUCAAUAUGUCCCAGAAAACUGUGACCCCACUGAAACUUCAACUGAAAGUUUAUUCGAAAUACUGGAGGUGAAUCCAAGUGGACAACCAUUCAAUGAAGUCACUUGUACAGAAAAACAGAAUGUCCCUCAGAGGGAGAACCCUUUGUGCUACAGCUGCCGUAACAACGGCGCUGUAGAUGGUGUUGCUCCUGAGAGAGAGUCUUUCUUGUCACAACAGGAUUACUACAGCCUUUUAGCUGGAGCUUGCCAUGAAUGUCUGCUGAAGAGAUUGCACAGUGAGAAGAUGCAGUUCAAACUCAAGAAACACAGAAUGGCCUACAGUGCUCUUCAUUUAAAGUUCUCCAAAGCCACAGGCCUGUGGUCAGCCAGGGAGACCUGUGUUUACAUCGGAGAGCCGAUGGGGCUGCAGGGCAAGCAGAGGGCUGCCAUAUGGGUGCUGUUUUUACACCAGGAGGAGAGGUUAAGCAGUUAUGUGGGAAAAGAUUACUUGAAGCCAAAGCAGAUCCAGUUUCACCUGAAAGAUGUGGAGAGACAGAUGACAGCCCAGUACUACGUGACUGAAUUCAAUAAGAGCCUUUACGACAAGGAAGUGAUGGCUCAGAUCUUCUUCAUCCCCUCUGAGGCUCUAUUGAUUUUGAGUGGAAAUGAGAUAGUGGGCUGUGUGACUGUUGAACCCUACAUGCUUGGAGAUUUUGUCAAAUUGACCAACAACACUGGAAAGAAGAACGAGAGCUUCCAGGCUACAGAAUACGGCCUUGCCUUUGGACACUUCACCUACUUGUUCUCUGAUUGCCAGGAAGUCGUUGUAGACCUGCAAGGGUGGGUGACAGCCAAUGGCAAAGGGCUGACCUACCUCACUGAUCCCCAGCUGCACUCCACCAAGAUCCCCAGAGGUCCCUCUAACUUUGCUCACAGGGGCAUCAGGUACUUCCUUGUGGAGCAACAUGGGCCGGAGUGCAAUGGCAUUUGCCAGCUGCUUAAACUACCUCCAGUGGUCAAACAGCCACAUGUUCUUCCUGAUAAAAAGUUGCUGUGUUGA